AUGAAGGCUUUCAGUCUCCUAUCUCUCGCAAUUCUCUGCGUCUAUUCGACAGUGGCACAGAUUCUUCCUUCAGUUUACUAUCCUCCUGAUGGGAUAUACUACAUUUACAACGUUCAAUUCAAGGAGUUCUUCAACAAUUUCGGAUUUAAGGCUACAGAGGGCAAUCCUAUUGCUGCGUUCUGUUAUGUAUCACAGAAAACUAACGAGUGGUGGUUGGUGGAAACAGUGGGCAGCACGAGUGGCAACCAUAUGGUCACAAUGCGUGUGAUGUCGACUGUGCAGGGAAAUCCUGCUGCUGGCGGCUAUGCUGCUAACGAGAAUGGAUCGCUUGUGCAUAGCAAGACCGCGUCUACUUGGACUCUGAAGCCAGUCCCAAAUUCCUGUUCUCAAUUUAUGAUCGUUGAUGGCAAUACAGCAAUAACACAGGCUUUCCAAAACCCAGAUGGAGUCGCAUUAACGGUUGAGGCUAUAAACCAGAAUGCUGCAAACCAACAAUGGGCAUUCAUCCCUUUCGAUCAGAUUACUAACUAUUUCCCGGUGGAUCCGAAUGGUGGAUGUGAUCCUUGCCAGUUCUGCCCGGCUCCGUUGUAA